UGCCCCACCUCCGCCGAGAUUUUGGGUUGGUGUUUAGAGCUUCCACUUCGAUCUUGCGACAGCAGAAUCGCGGUGAUCAAACAAUCGAACCUUUCUACCUCCCAUUCCAACCUCGAUCCUAGACGCAAGAGCACCCUGAAUCAGUUUCUCGAUACUUUGCGCUCCUCCUCACAAAAUGACUGGUCGUGGUGGUGGCGGUGGUCGCCGUCUUAUGCUGCCUCCCAUCAAGUAUAUCUUCGAGCUUCUUCGAGAACACGCCACAGUCAGCAUCUGGCUGUACGAACAGCUCUCCAUCCGUAUUGAGGGCAAGAUCAGAGGAUUCGACGAGUUCAUGAACCUAGUCAUCGAUGAAGCUGUGGAGGUCAAGCAGGUCACUAAGACUAACGAGAAGGAGACCAGGAGACCUCUUGGUCAAAUUAUGUUGAAGGGAGACAACGUCUCAUUAAUCCAAAACGUCUCGAAAUGAACAACCUUGUAGCGGAACCUGGACUUGGAGUCGGUGGAAACAAGAGCGAAUACCCAAACCUGCCUGGCCCAAUUGAUGGCCAACGAGGCACUUUCUAGUCAUGGCACUCAGUAUCUCAUGAGUAUGUCGCUGCAAAUGGGUUGAAUGGCGCGGAGAAAGAAGACUUGGCCUGACCAUAGAAUUGCGUGUCUUGCAAAAAAGACACUUGUGGACCAAUAAACAUUGUACGCGUUUCA